UUUGCCUUCUCUGACAAACCCUACCUAAACUCCCCUUAAACCCUAACCCCUGUACUCUUCUCUUCUCUUCUGCAAACCAGAAGGACACCAUUGCUCACUACACUAUCUCUCUCUUUGAAUCUGAUCGAUUUCUCAGAGAUUUGUACCUUUCAGCAUGAAGAACAAGAAAGGCUCGGGCCAGAAGAAGGCCAACAAGAGGUUCUCUCUCAGCAAAGAUUCGUUCUUCGCCGGCAAUGACUCCAAACGACGCCGGAAGGUCGACGGCGACGGCGAAGGAGAUGUCGUGGAGAGCAGCAACUCCGAAGACGACUACUACCUCGGCGGCUCCGACGCCGGAGAGGACGAAGCCACGGAGGAGAAGGAGGAGCAGAAAGAGACCGCCGACGAAGCCAGGAAGAGAUUGGCAAUGGCGCACUUGGAUAGGAUGAGAGAUAUCGCGAGGAGAGCGAAGGAAGAGGACGAUGAUGAAGAGGAGAGUGAGAAGGAGGACGAGAAGGGAGCCAGAGACUCCCUCGUCGCUCAGAUUUUGCAGCAGAAGCAGCUCGAGGACAGCGGUCGGGUUCGAAGAAGCAUUGCUUCCAGGAUUCGGGAGCCCGAAGCAUCUGAUCAGUUUCAGGUAUUAGUGAAGCAUCGACAAUCUGUUACAGCUGUGGCUCUAUCAGAGGAUGAUUUGAAGGGUUUUUCAGCUUCUAAGGAUGGAUCUAUUAUGCAUUGGGAUGUAGAUAGUGGGAAAGGUGAAAAAUACCGAUGGCCUAGUAGUGAAGUACUAAGGUCCCACGGGGCUAAGGAUCCACAGGGCCGAGCUACUAAACAUAGUAAAACCGUGUUGGCAUUAGCUGUCAGCUCAGAUGGGCGGUAUUUGGCGAGUGGAGGUUCAGACCGUCAUGUUCAUUUAUGGGAUACCCGCACAAGAGAACAUAUUCAGGCAUUUCCUGGUCACCGAGGACCGGUUUCUUGCCUAGCAUUUAGGCAAGGGUCUUCUGAACUCUUUUCCGGUUCAUAUGAUCGAACUGUCAAAAUAUGGAAUGCAGAGGACAGAGCUUAUAUAAAUUCAUUAUUUGGUCAUCAAAGUGAAGUAUUGACAAUUGACUGUCUACAGAAAGAGCGAGUUUUGGCUGUUGGUCGUGAUAGGAGUAUGCAGUUGUUUAAGGUCCCCGAGGAGUCACGUUUAGUAUUCCGUGCCCCUGCUUCCUCUCUCGAAUGCUGUUGUUUUAUCAGUAAUGAUGGAUUUUUAUCUGGUUCGGAUGAUGGAAGUGUUGAGUUGUGGAGUGUAAUGCGGAAGAAGCCUGUUUGCAUAGUCAAGAAUGCACAUGCUUUGUUCGCCGCAAACCAGAAAUUUGGAGGGGAGUCUGAAAGAAUCCCUAACGGCCACAUAGAAAAUGGUGAUCAUGCUUCUGAAAACUUUGAUUCUUCAUCAGUAUAUUCCUGGGUCAGUUCUGUCACUCUCUGCAGAGGCAGUGACCUUGCUGCAUCAGGAGCUGGUAAUGGUUCGGUUCGAUUGUGGGCUAUUGGAAGUGAGACCAAAGACAUUCAACCCUUAUACAACCUACCACUGGUUGGAUUUGCGAAUUCCUUGGCUUUUGCAAAAUCUGGAGAGUUCCUUGUUGCUGGGGUCGGCCAGGAACCUCGCUUAGGAAGGUGGGGACGCAUUCCCGCAGCUCAAAACGGAGUUGCAGUUCACCCCCUGAAGCUUUCUUAAAAUGGCCAAACUUUUUUGUAGCGCCCAAUUUUGACGACAGUGAGUUGAUAGUACAAACACAAAUUUUUGUCGGUCACCUUUAAUAUACAUAUUCAUUAUCAUUUGUUUCUCAGUAGGUUUUGUCUUCUACCAAUGUAUUCUUGAAUUAACGGUUAGAAACAAUCUGGUAUCGUCAAAGAGUAAUCUGACAUCCGGCAUCCUUUUGCAUACAAGAUGAUAGUGAGUGGCGUUGUGUUGUGAAAAGGAACGUUGGAAAUUUGUAAAGGAAGUUCUGAGCGCCAAUGGUGCCGGUCAAUC